AUGGCGCAAUCGGCAUCGCCCCAACUCCGUUCCAUCUAUCGCCGUCUCCUCCGCGAACUCCCCACGGCGCCGCAAACGACACGCACGCAGCACCAAAAGCUAUCCUCGCCUUCGGUCCUCCAAAAAGCCAUACGAUCCAGUAUCGCGACACCGAAAGCUGGCCCUAGCACGCAGGGCCAGAUUCAGCAGGCGGAGCAAUUCAUACAAUACGUGCAAGCGCAACGGACAUAUGCGUCGCUGUUGGAGCGGUACAAUCCCGGCAUGGGCAUGACUGAGGAGGAGAGGGUACGGUUGACUGCACGGAGAGUAGGCAUGGACCUCCCGAUUGAAUAUGGAGGGGGCAAAGAAAAGGCCUAA